ACUUUGCCGUUGCCGUUGGAGCAUUGACAACUGCAGGCACAUAUAAAUAUAUAUAUCUCGAUACAUACAUGUAUGUAUGUAGGAACACACUCACACAUAGGCAGAAAAACAUAGAGGACAUCAACGCCAAAAUUUGUGAAGCCCCGGCCUCAGCCUCAGCCUCUGUCUCAGCCAACGACGACUGCGACUGCGACGCUGAUCUCAAAAACACAUUUUCUGGGCAACAUUAUUUUUCGUAUAGUUCGGAUCCAUUUAGAUGAACAUCAGUUAGCUAUCGGAUUGGACGUGCGUCGUUCUAAAGAGCCAACCAGAACCAGUACCAGGUCCAAUGCCAAUUACCAGCCCAGCCAAACCAAGUCAACCAGCCAGCCCUUCAGUUAACCCAAGUGAAGUCAAGUUAAUGACCCACCAGUUCAGUUCAGUUAAGUUCAGUUCGAGUGAGGCCUAGGAGCCAGCAGGACAUAGACCAGGACACUGCAGUGCAAUGCCAGCAACAAUCCGCAAAAUCCGCACUCCAAAGUGGAGCGAGCAACGUGCCCCCGCCCCGCCUUUUUUGUUCAAGUGCUGAGAAACUGUUUUUUUUCGCAAGUGAUCCAUGGUAAAUCGCUGCCAAGUGACAACUAACUAACCCAACAAAAACAGUCUGAACCCAGAGAUCAAGAUCAAGAUCGAAACACAAAACUGAGACCCGAGUGCGUGAGUGCUAGUUACAAACAGUCAUCGUAGCCAUCGCCAGGAGCAGCAGCCAGGACACCCGAGCAGCCUAUGAAAAAACCGACUCUGAUCGCAGUUAAGUAAUCAUUAGUGAAAACAACACAAUACAAGAUCAUCCAAGGAAUCGGCAAACACUAUCCAAAAGUAACCAAAAACAGAGGGGAAAAGGAUCAACAGGAGAGCCACAGCGCUUUCUCUCCUUUUACCGGUGGGCCAGGCCGCCAAAAAGCCGUCAAAAUACGAAAGAAGGUGACCUCGAAGAAGGCCAGCGUUGUGUCGGUUGACGACGAUCACAACAACAACAACAAUAACAACAACGACCACAACGCUCGGCAGCCCACAACCACCACCACCACCACCAGCACCACCAGCACCACCAGCACCACCAGCACCCCAACACCCACAGCAACACCCCCCACAACCGGCGAGCCACAGCCGGAAUAUCCAUACCAGAACACCAGUCAGAUCCCAAGCCAGAGCCCCGAUCAGAAAGCGCAAUCCGUCGAAAUGGACGACACACAGCACUUCUGCCUCCGCUGGAACAACUACCAGAGCAGCAUAACCUCGGCCUUUGAGAAUCUGCGGGACGACGAGGCCUUCGUGGACGUGACCCUCGCCUGCGAGGGGCGCAGCAUCAAAGCCCACCGCGUCGUCCUCUCCGCCUGCAGUCCCUACUUCCGCGAGCUGCUCAAGAGCACACCCUGCAAACACCCGGUCAUACUGCUGCAGGAUGUGAACUUCAUGGACCUGCACUCGCUGGUGGAGUUCAUCUACCACGGCGAGGUCAACGUGCACCAGAAGUCCCUGCAGUCCUUCCUUAAGACCGCCGAGGUGCUGCGCGUCUCGGGACUCACGCAGCAACAGGCGGAGGACACACACAGCCACCUGGCUCAGAUACAGAACCUGGCCAACUCCGGCGGGCGCACGCCGAUUAACUCGCACGCCCACUCGCACCCACAUCCGCACCAUGGAUCGCUGCACGGCGACGACGGCGGCUCCUCGACCCUGUUCAGUCGCCAGGGGGCGGGAUCUCCGCCUCCGCCAUCGGUGGUGCCCUCGCUGCCGCCGCACAUCAACAACCAGCUGCUCAAGCGGAUGGCCAUGAUGCACCGCAGCAGCGCCGCCGCCGUGGCCGCCGAGGAGACCUCACAUGCCCUGAAGCGACUCCGGGGAUCGGACAACGGACUGCCCCUCUCCGGCGCCGUGGGCGGUGGCAGCAACAACAACAGCCCCGACUUGCCGCCGCUCCAUGCCCGCAGCACCUCGCCCCAGCAGACUCCGGCCGACUUUAGCACGAUCAAGCACCACAACAACAACAAUACGCCGCCGCUCAAGGAGGAGAAGCGCAAUGGACCCACUGGCAACAACGGAAACUCUGGCAAUGGAAACGGCAACGGAGCGAGCAACGGCAACGGAAUCUCCAUCAGCGACAAGCUGGGCAGCCUGACACCCUCGCCGCUCGCACGGGCGGGCGCCGACGACGUCAAGUCGGAGCCCAUGGAGCUCGUGUGCUCCAACAACAAUGCCAAUGCGAACGACGAGCACAGCAACGACUCCACCGGCGAGCACGAUGCCAAUCGCUCCAGCAGUGGCGAUGGCGGCAAGGGAUCCCUGAGCUCUGGCAACGACGAGGAGAUCGGAGACGGACUCGCCUCGCACCACGCCGCCCCGCAGUUCAUCAUGUCGCCGGCGGAGAACAAGAUGUUCCAUGCCGCCGCCUUUAACUUCCCCAUGGGCAAUCUCGAUCACUCAGCGUUGCUCGGUCUCAACACACAGCUGCAGCAGUCCGGUGACCUCGCCGUGUCCCCUCAAGGCCCGCACAGCAUCAGCCGCUCCGCAGCGACCUCGCCCACCAGUUCUACCUCAUCGCCGCCGUCGCCGCCCACCGCGCUGACCUCGCCCACCAGUUCGCUGAAUGGCAGCUUGGCCGCCGCCGUCUACAGCCUGCACAGCCAUGCCGCCCAUCAUGGCCAUGUGCUGGGCCAUGCCACCUCGCCGCCGCGUCCCGGCAGCGUGGGCAGCAGUGUGGGCAGCAAUCUCUGCACCUCAUCCUCCUCAGCCUCCAACAACAACAACAACAACAACAACAACAACGGCAGCAGUAACAACAACAAUGGGAACAACAGCGCCUCUAGCAACAACAACAGCAGCAGCAACAGCAACAGCACGAGUCCUGGCAGCCAGUCGGGCGGACAGGCGUCGGGCGGAGGCGUGACCCAGGCGGGCACACCCCAGCUGCCGCUGCGGAUGCCACCACCCACCAGCGGGGGCAUCAACGAGCCACAGGAGUGCCCCUACUGCCGGCGCACCUUCUCGUGCUACUACUCACUGAAGCGGCACUUCCAGGACAAGCACGAGCAGUCGGACACGCUGUACGUGUGCGAGUUCUGCCACCGGCGGUACCGCACCAAGAACUCGCUGACGACGCACAAGAGCCUGCAGCAUCGCGGCUCCAGCGGCAUGCUCAAGCGGCUGCUCAAGACGUCGGCCAUCAAGCACGGCCUGGUGGGGCACAAUCACGGGCACGGCCACCACCCGCAUCCGCAUCACCAUGCCCUGGCGCAUCCGCGGACCAGCCUGUUCGACUUCACCAGCGAGCUGGGACAGCCGCCGCCGGGCAUCCAAUAGGAGCUAAGUUGGAACGCCAUCUUUUAGAGAACGAAACUGCCGGGUGACCGACUGCAGCAUCGGUACCAUCGGUACCUUCAGCACCACCAGUGAGCAGCAGCCAAGACCAGCUACAAACACUUUGCCCAUUGUUUUUCGCACUGGACCGAAGAUCGCCAUGGUGAUCUUCAGCCUGCAACUAGGUCUUAGCUAAUUAAUUAUUAAGCAUAAUUAGGCAUAUUUUGGCGUCAACUGUUUUAUUAUUCUUAUCCCUAUGUUAGGUAAUUAUUACGAUUAUUAUUAUUAUUAAUGAUUAAUUAUUGUAUCGAGAACCAGAAUCAGAAACCUUUUUUUUUACGUAACCCCCCCGUAUCUUAUCCAUUCGUACUAUAUAUACGUUAGUUAUUUUGUGCUGCUCUCACCUACUUAGUAGUUGAAGCACCUUCGCUGCUUCAUGUGCAAUACCUCAAGAAUCGUGUAAAUAAUUUCGAUAAAUCAUAAAUACCUCUGGAACUGCUGCACGAGCGGGCCAAACAAAGCAAGGCAAACACACAGACAUCGUGAAGUUGCGUUUAAAGAAUACUUAUUAGAGUUUAGCGUUAUGUUAACAUACUAACGACAACAAACAAACACAAAAAACAAAAGCAAAAUGGGAAGAGAACGAAGGACUAGAACACGCACACAAAACACACACACUUACACACAUGCUGGGGGCGUGACCCCAAGGGGGCGGGAGCGGAUGGCGCAAUAACGGUACAUAUCAUACAAACUGAAUCUGCAGCAGAAACGAAUCCCUCAGAUGAAGCUGCAUCCGAAAUCGCAAAACGAAUCUUAAGUAGAAUCUGAGCCACCUGUCGGGCGCCACCGGUACUCAGCCCCCGUGGAUACGCGGCCCCGCAUAGAUUUAUAGUUGCUGUCGAUGUUGUUGUCUUGGUUCAACGCAGAAACAAAAACAACCACACUCACACAAUCAUUGUAACUUUUUUUUGAUAGUUUGUACCUCAAUAAACCUCAGUUUUAUUUGCCAACAACUGCUGCGCCUAAUGUGCGUUCUCUAAAGUCGGUUUCCAGAAGGCGAAACGAUCAACCUACGGGUCGACGGCAAAUAGAUGUAAUAAUAAGAUGUGUGUAUCUUUUUUUUUUCAAAGCAACCUUACUGUAAAUGUAGCUUUUAUGUAAGAACAUAGUCUAAGAGAUUAACGCAAAUCUAAUGUUAAACAUAAAGUCGGUAGAGCACAGAGAGUUUACCAUGCAACAAGCAAGCAAACAAACAAACAAAACCAACCAACAAACAAAAGAAAAACGUUAUCAGGGAUAAAAUAUCAAGUAUGUAGUAGAAAAGUCAAUUUUUCUGCUUAUUCACAUAGACGACGAAUAAAGUAACAGAAAUUGAAAUCAUUUUUUUAUACACAAACAUAUGUAAAACACACUCGCGAACGAAAAGCUAAAUGAGCAUAUUUGCGAAGGUGUAAGCAAGUGAAAUAACUAUACUAAAGUCUAUGUAUACAUGUAAAUACUUUACACCAUUUACCAUAUAUACAAUACAAUAUAUACCGAUGUACUGAUGUACCGAUGAUGUACCAGUACUAGUACGUGUGGUGUACCGAAGAAGAGCUGUAAACAUUUUUGCAAAUCGAGGACUAACGUAUUAAAAACAAAACCGCAAAGUAACUCAGUGAUUUUUCACCAGCGAAGUACAAAUGUUCUGAAAUUGAAAUUAAAUGUUAAUAACAAGAGUCGUAAGAGCAGAGAAAAGGGAGCAAAUCAAGUAGAAUUGCGUAUAUGCAGAGCAGAAUCAGAAAUUGUCGAUCCACGAAGCAAUAUCUAUUCACGGUCCAUCAGUUUAUCCUUGAAAGCAGAUAUAACUAGAAGAAGGAAAACACAAAACUGCCCUACUCAGACUGCAAGUGCAAAAUUACACCCACGAACAUCUGUGUUAGAAAAGAUUUCAAAGUCAAAGGUCAAAGUCAAAGUGAAAACGAAAACGAAAACGAAAAAGAAAGUACGAAGAAUGUGUAUCAAUUCAAUGUCUCAGGAAUUUCUUAAACUUAACCAAUUUACACCUUAUAUUACGAAAACACAGCAGGAACGUCUGGCGAAAGACAGCUACAAAAUCUUCCAAUCAACACACCUCCAGCGGGGGCAUAUCAUCAUCUUCAUCAUCAAGUGCGAGUUUUCCCUUCCGAUUUCUUGUCAACAGAAGCAUAGAUAUAGGGCAAUAACAGAUACGGAUGCAGUAGUAGGAAUAGGAACAGUUGUAGGCGAUUAAUUAGUAUUCUUUGUGCCAUGCUACCCAGACGAAACCCUAGGCAUAGGAAGUAGGCGGGGAGAUAUAGGAUAGGAUCGGACUCCCGUAGAGUGUAAUAGGGAUUGGUUGAGGAUUCUCGAGGUCUCUUUCCUUAUCAGCGUCCAAGCGCACAUCCAUCCAGGUUAAACUACGUUCAUACAAAUACGGCUUACAGCGUACUCAGGCACCACGUUCUCAGUAAUCAGUAAUCGGACAGAAUAGUACCAUGGGCAGUUUCGGCUCUGCAGAUCCGACAUAAUCUUAAUUAAUUUAUUCAACCCUACCAUACAGAUACAGUUACUUGUGAGCGGUCCGGGGAAGGAAGGUUGGGGAGGUCAAGAGGUCAGAGGUCAGAGGUCGGAGGUCAGAGGGGAUGAGUAAUGGGAUAGGUGGAAUCAAAAUGGGAUGGCAUGAUAAGGGAUGAUUCUCUUUUUCAUCAUAGCAUAGUUUUAAUUCUUCCACUUACAACUACUUUACACGUAUUUAUGAUAUCUUUUUUUUUUAAUUUUAGAAUUUAAUUUUAAAUGUUUUAUACUUUAUUAAUCUAACCUUGGACGAAAAUUACAUUUUAUUCUAGUAUUUAAUUUCCUAAAGUUUGUAAGACAUUUAUGACUUUUUUAAAUAUUACGAAUGCAAAAAGAAAAUCAGAGACAAAAACGAAAAAUAAUGCAAAUGCAAAACAAACUGUGAUCUUAAAAAUCUUUGAAAAGUGAACAAUUUUCAUUUUCCUUGUGCGAAAUUCCAUUUUGGCUGUUUAUAUUUUUUAAUUAUGUUACCACAAAACGAGGCAGCUAGCCUGACUCGCAAAAUUUAUGUUUAGAAACUCAACGAAACUGUGAAUGCGAACUUUUGUAUUAUUUUUUGUGAACCUUCUUUAUACACUUAUUGUUUAUGUAUCCAAUUAAAAACCUAUUCAAAAUUAUACUUUUUGGCAUAUGUUACAAAAUAAACAAAUCAUUUUAAGCAAAACAAACACAAACCAUAUUUUCCUCGGCCCCAAACGGUAAACGAUACAUAUGCAUACUUUAUUUGUGUUCUUAUUAUUUGUUAAACCCUAACCACUCGAAGAGCGAAACAUCGGCAGAACUCAGGGAAGCCUUACUAUGCUCAGGGAACCCCUAUCACAUGUGCCCUCCAUCGCCCCCAGAUCGUACUUACUACAACACAAACAGAUCGCUACCAGAAAAGAAAUGAAAGAAUCAGAAUCAGAACCAGUACCAGAACCAGGUGCAUUUCUAGCGAAAGGAUCUAGCAUGGCCAGAAUAAACUGAUAGAACGACGCAUAUAUUCGUACCAUUAAUAAGGAGAUUUUGAAUCAUAUUAAUGUAGUUUAUAGCUCUAAAGUUCGUAUAAAGAUAUUCUUAGAAAUAGAAACGUAUAUGUAUACCCCAUAUUUGACGCACUGUCCCCACCCGAAGGCAACCUGCACAUAAAUGCAUAAUGGUUAGACGCCAGAGACACCCGACAGUCACUGAAUUUCUAUCUAAAUAUCUAUUUAUCUGUUGUUAUCUGUCACUCUCCCAUGCGCAAGUACCUUGUACAAGUAUGUGUGAACAAAAUUUUAAAUUGAAUAUGAAUUUGAAAUUGAAUAAUCGAAGAAAGCGUAAAAUUACUACAAUGAUGAACAAAAUGCAACGCAUAUCACAAAACAUUCAGUACGAUAAGAAAAGGGAAAAUUAUUACAAAUUACAAAUUAAAACACAAAACCUAAAUCGGAAAACCAUUAGAUAAUUGAAAAUUAUUAGUCAAAAUUAUUUAUUAUAUUAUAUACAAUACAUGUGCAUAUACAGACAUAUAUAAUUCUAUAUAUGUGUAUACUGUACAGGCAUACAUAUAUAGGCAAAUGUGAAAAUGCCCAAAGCCAAAUACAUUUCGAAACUACGCUGUUUAUUAAUUUAACUUUUCGGUAUUUAAAACAAAAAUCUGUGAUUAACUACAAAAUUUAAAUUUUAAAAAUUAAUUGUAUAGCGCCCAGUAAGCGAUAACAAUGUUUAAGCUUGAUAGCGAGCAAUCCAAAACAAAAAAAAAAGGAAAACAAAAAGCGAAAAUGUCGAAUCAGACUCGGAACACAAACUUUUUGGAUUUUAUCUAAUAGUCAAAUACGAUGUAUAUGCAGUUGCAUUUUUCCACACUUUCGGCUAUACAUACUCACAUGCAUAUUUCACUGAGAAUCGGCGCACUCUCUCGGAUGGCAAGGUGACCGACGGAGACACGGAUUCAGAUGCAGAUGCAGUUGCAGUUGCAGAUAUAGAUACACUUACCCGCUGACACGUCCUUCAACCGAUACAAAUCAAUGCACAAUACAUGCAGAUUAGUUGUACUUGAAGGAAACCUGAGAGAAUAUUUAAAAUAAUAUUACUAUUUUUUUUUGUAGGAUUUACUAGAAAUAAUAUAUAUGUAAUUUCGAACACUUUUAAAGUCCGAAUUUAUUAACAAAAUAAAACGAAAAAAAAAUAGGAAAGGAAGGGAGAAGGCAGAUGAAUAAUUAUCAUAAAGUCAAGCGAAAAAUUACACGUUAGUAAAUAAAUGGCACAAAUAACAAGAAACUCAUUUCAUGCAUACAAACAUACAUGUAUACAAACUAAUUGUACAUUUUUUAUUACUAACCCUAUUGAAAAAUCAAACAAAGUCCCCUGACAGCAUAUGUAACGCAACGCAGGAAGUGAGAGAAGCACUUAAGAUCGAAAAUACAAAAGAUAUAUAGAGAUCGGGUCAGGAGGAGUGUAAGGAUGUUUAUCAUGACGGAGUGCAUUUUGCAUGCUCAAGUGUACUGACACCAUUUGAAAUAUGGCAGCACACACAUGUUUAACGACGGCAGGAAAGCACGCAUCCAACAUAAAUAUAUAUAAAUAAUAUAAUUACAUGUAUACAAAGAAAACACUAAUUAUUAAUAA